AUGAGUUUUUCCUCUAAGCAUCAGGGUGGCGGUGGGCUUGAUGAAUUAAGGAGACUGAACAAUUUGAGAGGGAGGCUGGCAAUUGAAAACUUGAGAAUAGAUGCAAUCGUACAACCAAAGGGUGCAAAUAUGAAAGAGAAACAACAUCUUCAAUCCUUAGAGUUGAGAUGGAUUGAAGAUGUUAAAUUGGAAGAAAUAACAGAGGCAGUGGCAGAGGGAUAUGAAAUGCAACUGGAAGGCCUCCAACCGCAUCCAAAUCUCAAAGAUUUGGGUGUUUGUUGGAAACCAUUCCAACAGACAAUCCUCAGUGUCAGUGAUGGCGGUGCAAGACCCAUUAAUGUUCAACCAUCAUCAUCGUCAUCAACAUCCUCCUACUACCCUCCACUCUGCAAAUUGAUGUCUUUGGCUAUUCAUAGCAUUCAUGAUCUACAAUUUCUCCCAGAUGAGCUGAAAAGCCUCACUUCUCUCAAGGAUAUGGAAAUCGGGAACUGUCAAGAAUUGAAGUCUCUAUAUCCGGGUAUUCAGCAUCUCACCUUACUUCAGAAUUUAAGAAUUGUAAACUGCAAGAAGCUCGACAUGUCUGCUGACGAAGCCCAUGCAAUUACUAUGUGGCAGCAACCUCUCAAAAGGCUACAAACACUGUUUUUUGUUGGGCUUCCGCAACUAGUGGAUCUCCCAAGUGGCCUUCAACACCUUACCGGCCUGCAGACACUGAGAAUUGCUGCUUGUGAAAAUUUAGAAUCACUUCCACGGUGGAUUAAAAGCUUCACAUUUCUUCAACGUCUUGAUCUUGAAAAUUGCCCCAAAUUGGCAUCAUUGCCUGAAGAAAUAACAAGUCUCACCUCUUUACACACCUUGAUGAUUGGGGGUUGCGACACCUUAAAACCAAGAAGUGAAGGGGAAAAGGGCGAGGAUUGGCCUAAGAUUUUUAAUAUCCCAGACUUGCGGAUCUAUUGA